GUAACUCUUCAUCUCCCGCCUCUCCCCUUCCAUCUUGUACGUCUUGCUCAUUUUGCCCAUCUUCAGCCCACCGACGCAUCAAUGUCUACACUUGCUUUCCCACCCCCAUCAUGAACAUGGACGAAGAAAAACGAUUUGGCGGCGCUACGACACCAACCAAGGCCGCCAGCGGUGCGAGCGAUAAGCCAGGUAUCAUCGAGGUCGACUGGGAGGAAAACGACCCCGAGAACCCAUACAACUGGAGCCCCUCGCGCAAGUGGCUUACAAUCCUCGCCUGUAGCUUGAUCACCGUCACGACGAUCGCAAAUGCUACGUCCCAGUCGAUCAUGGCCACCUGGGGGCCCGCAUGGUUCAACACCUCCCGCCUCAUGUUUAUCCUCGGCCUGUGUCUGUUCAACGUGUCCGUUGCGAUCGCACCGAUGUUCCUCGCCCCCUUGAGCGAGCAUCUCGGUCGCAAUAUCAUCUACCAGGUCGCGGGGUGGAUCGUUGCCCUCCUCUUCCUGCCGCAGACAUUCUCGCAUAACAUCCACGGAUAUCUUGCCGCGCGGUGGUUUCAAGGGAUGGCGUCUUCGGUCGGUAACUCGAUGGUCGGCGGAACGAUCGCCGACAUCUUCGGGUAUAGGGAGCGAGGACAGUUGAUGAACUUCUUCUCGCUCAUGGUGUUCGUCGGCCAGGCGCUUGGCGGCCUCACAAUGGGCUGGACCGGCGAGCUUGUCGGUAUCCAGUGGUGCUUCGGCGCGCAGGGCAUCGCGUCCGCCGUAUCGGGGGUCGUCAGCCUGCUCUUCCUGCGUGAGACGCGCGGCAACAUCAUUCUCCGCCGCCGCGCCAAACGUCUCACCAAAGAGACGGGUGUGCUGCACAUGAGCAAGUUGGACCUCACAUCCACACACCAGUCGACUGCCGAACAGCUAACCAAGAGCGUCGGCCUCCCACUCAAAAUGCUGUGUACCGAGCCCAUCGUCAUUGCACUCACCUUGUGGAUCGGAUUUGCUUGGGCCAUCAUCUUCCUGGGUGGCACAUCCACCAUCCUCGUCUUUGAGCAGUAUGGCUUCAGCCCCGGCGAAGCGGGCUCGAUCCAGUCGUGCAUCGCCAUCGGCGGCAUCCUAGGCUACAUCUGCAGCUUCCAUCAAGAGCAUCUCUUCCGCAAAGCGGCGUCCAAGUCCGCGACCGGUCGCGCAUCGCCCGAAGCGCGCCUCUACUGGGCCGCGGUCGGCGGCCUGAUCUUCCCCACCGCGACGCUCAUCUUCGGCUGGACCGGCCGGCCGUCGAUCCACUGGGCGGUUCCCGCCUUCUUCCUCUGCCUCUCCUACUGGGGCAUCUUCUCCAUGUAUCUCGGUACCUUCAAUUAUGUCGCGGACGCGUACGAGCAGAACUCAUCGUCGGCGCAGGCCGCACACAGCAUGGUGCGGAAUGGCUUCAGUGGAAUAUUCCCGCUGUUCGCUCGGCAGAUGUAUAUCAAGAUGGGAUAUCCGCAGGCUUCGACGCUCAUUGCGGGCCUCGGGUUUGCGCUCGCUAUUGCCCCAUUCAUGCUCAUUAAAUAUGGCGCGCGGCUGCGCGCCAAGUCUCCCAUCACAACGAAACUUGUAGGCAAUAUCUGAAAUCCAUGUAUCGCAUUGCGCUAGG